GGGCGUUGCGUUUGGUUCGAAAGGCAUGGUUUUCAGUAUGUCUCCAGAUAGGCCCCCACUAGUCCGGCUAGCUAGUGAGUGGUUCUUUCGGGCGGGAAGCAGGUCGGGCCCUAUGGGCGGGCAUCCCCCGCAACGCAAGCAGCAUUGUUCGCCACCACCCGAGAAGCAAAAGAUUCUAGAGUCCAGGCUGAAAAUACAUGCAUAGAUAGUGGUCUAAUGACAAGGCCGACGACGGAAGCUCGGGACGGAGCCGUAUGAUGCGGAAGUCUCACGUACGGUUCCCUGAGAAGGGAGUGGCUACCUACUGGAGCUUCGACCAAUCACCACUGGUCAAUUCCGCUUUGGGGCCACCCCUUACUCUACCAUUAUUAUAGGGGUAUGGGGUUCGAGACAAAGAAAGAUCAAGGCAGCAUAUCAGCUUUUCCUUUAUACUUUACUUGGAUCUGUUUUUAUGCUAUUAGCUAUUCUGUUGAUUCUUUUCCAAAUAGGAACCACCGAUUUACAAAUUUUAUUAACCACAGAAUUUAGUGAGCGGCGCCAAAUCUUUCUAUGGAUUGCUUUUUUCGCCUCUUUCGCCGUCAAAGUGCCUAUGGUACCAGUUCAUAUUUGGUUACUCGAAGCUCAUGUAGAGGCACCUACGGCAGGAUCCGUCAUCUUGGCGGGAAUUCUUUUAAAAUUGGGAACCUACGGCUUUUUAAGAUUUUCAAUACCCAUGUUUCCUGAAGCGAAACUUUGUUUCACUCCUUUCAUUUAUACUUUAAGCGCGAUUGCUAUAAUAUAUACUUCCUUGACCACUUUAAGACAGAUCGAUCUUAAGAAGAUCAUUGCUUACUCCUCAGUAGCUCAUAUGAAUCUGGUGACUAUUGGUAUGCUUAGUCUGAACAAACAAGGAAUUGGAGGUAGCAUUCUAUUGAUGUUAAGUCAUGGACUGGUUUCUUCAGCCCUUUUUCUAUGUGUUGGUGUUCUAUAUGACCGACAUAAGACUCGACUUGUUAGAUAUUACGGAGUUUUAGUGAGCGCCAUGCCGAAUUUCUCUACCGUUUUCUUCUUUUUCACUUUGGCCAAUAUGAGUUUACCUGGUACUAGCAGCUUUAUCGGGGAAUUUCUCAUCUUAGUAGGAGCUUUCCAAAGAAAUAGCUUAGUAGCCACAUUAGCAGCGCUUGGGAUGAUUUUAGGCGCGGCGUAUUCCCUUUGGCUAUAUAAUCGUGUGGUUUCUGGGAAUUUAAAACCGGAUUUGCUCCAUAAAUUUUCCGAUCUAAAUGGUAGAGAAGUUUUCAUAUUUAUACCUUUUCUUGUUGGAGUUGUUUGGAUGGGUGUUUACCCCAAAGUGUUCUCGGACUGCAUGCAUACAUCCGUAAGUAACUUAGUGCAACAUGGAAAAUUUCAUUGAGAGGAAUCAGCAAAGAAAAGAAAAAUGCUCAA